UGCCCUAAAGGAUACAGAGCAGUCACUCACUGGCAGGUGGGUUAUACAUGCCGGUUUGGUGCCUGUACCUCACCCCCCUCCCUCAGCCACCACAGCAAAGGCCAUUAAGCUGGAAACAGGUGGACAAACAGCUUUGCUGCUAGAAUAAUGUUUCUCGAUUGAUUACACUGUCUUUGUAGAAAUCGUACCAUUAUUACUGCAGAUCUUGGUGUUCCAGUAGGUUUACCCGACUUCUUUUUUUUUUCAGUUUUGUUACACGUCACAUGACGUAAUCUUAUUUUAAAUGAACAUAUCUGUGAGUGUUUACCUGUCAUGCAUUUUGAUACCGGUCCCUUGUUUGCCAUAUUUUACCGGCUAUUUACUGAAACAGUCCUGCGAUUCCACAGGUAAUUAGAAAUAAAUGUCACCGGAUUUUACAAUCCAAGCUAUUAAUCAUUGUCCUGUCGCGUUAGUUUUCCGCCCGGCAAAGGGCAUCGAAUAAAUAUACUGAACGCUACUCGCAAACAGAUAACGUGGGGCUAAUGGGAAGGGUUUUGUGUGCGAACAGGAGUAUUAUAAUUAUGGUAACAAAAGACUACAAAUGUAAUAUUAGAGCCGGAGCGAUUGACAUGGGGAGGUGCUGCACGGUGGUUAUGUAACGGACUUUUCCCAGCUGUACACUGUAGUAGUGACUCGAUCCUUUAGGAGGUCCGAGAUCCGGAGACUUGCUUCGGAAUGCUGCUGGAAAUUCCCACCACCCUCACUACGAGUCCGGCGCAGAUGUGUGCAGCAUGCAAGCAUGCAAACAACGCGUUUUAUCUCCAGCUGCCUACGACUGCCGCUACGACCGUAGCAAAGUUCUUUUCUUACCGCAUAGCAGACAAUUAAGGAGAUAGGAGUUUCUAACAGCUGCACUUGCGAUGAGUUGUUCUGCUUGUUAUUUACCCAUCGCGAUGCGAAGCGGCGUAUGGAGGAGCGCAGCUUCGCAGUCAGACUGAAGGAAUUCGCCGCGUUAAAUUUUAACUAGUCCCCCGUGUUGCUGAAAACAGUGGGACACAGGAGCCCUGGAACACAUGUAAGACUUUUUAAUAUUAGUAACAACAUUAACGGACAGUAUGGUUUGAUCGUAUUUUUUUUAAACGAGAUCAGCGGCAUGGGAAGCGUGGGCAGCCGCGGGAAAAAGGUGGCACCUGCGUCUGUGAAAGAGGCGAGUGGCGACGGGGAGCAGCGCGAUCGCGGUGCGGCCGGCGGCUCCUUAAAGCCUUCCGAAAUACAGACUGUGACUGACUUGAGGCAGUCCCGGGACAGAGCCCCACCGGCCUGCCACAGCGAAGGACGCCACUCGGAAUUAUCCGCUGACGACUAUGACGUCAUGGACGCGGACUUGGACGGCGUGCUGGCGGAGUACGACGGUACAAUAGCUGGUCUCGGUGAGAUCUCCCGGCAGGGCGGUUUCUGGCAUCCCGGACGCGAGUGUAAAGGAGGCGGCUUCAGAUCCGUUUAUAAAUUAGAACUUUCUAAAGAAACUCCGCGACCCUGUGACGUGGAUCGCAGGGUCGAUUUCAAGAAAGAUUUUUAUAGUAAACAUUUCAAACCUGCGCUUAGUUUUCCAGAUAAGCCUACUUGUCCUGGCGGAUUACGAGAAAAGGACCGUUUCCAGGAUCGCUCACUCACCAAGGAGACAGCCUCGGUCCCUGGAACUUGUGAGGUUACAUCCUUCCGGUAUAACAGGUCAGAAGAGGACCUGAUGGAGACCAUCGAGAGGGAAUUCAGCUGACGAUGGCCACAGAGAGAGUCUGCAGUGCUGCUCACUCACACAAAAGACAAACUGUUUUUGGUCUUGUGGCACAACUCUGGUACCCAGAGCUGAAUUACAGGAACUUUUCUGUCACUGUAAGUGACUAUUAUAAAAUCUCCGCUUUGUGUUGGGACAGCCAUAACUACUCAGCUGUACAGCCAGUUCACUGGAUACAGUUGUUGCUAGACUGCGAGUCAUUUAAGAGGCAGUGCUGGUACAGAUUUGCAGGCGGCUGCAUUACUUUGGCUUCUUAGUCCCCCUAUAUAAAUUAUAAUUUACCGGCUAUUCCUAUAUUAAUAUUAACGCCUAAUGUGGCGACAGAGCCCUGGCAGCAUGUGACUUGACUGUGUCAGCCUGUAGGUCACUGCCAGCUGCCCAGUGUCGUAAAAUCAAAUCCUAUGAAUGAUGAAACAGAAUAUAUUGACGGCCAGUGGUUUCUGUGACUCAUCUGUGAUCAGCCCAACCAAACCACAGCGACCUGUCGCCAUUGCCUUGGUGACCGGUUUCCCUGGGAAUAUUUAACGAGCCAGAGGGUAGCACUCUCCUGCUAACACUGUAAAUGAUUGCUUACGUUCAUGUGAGCUUUCGUGCUCAGGUCAUGGUCGUUUCUUUUUUUAGGCAUGGUGCGAUCUUAAUGUAUGGGCUUUUUAACGUCAAGGUCUGAUUAGAGCAGCAGUUCUCAGCCCGCGAUUCUCAACUCAUGGGUCGCAACCCAAAUUUGGGUCGCGAGGCGGAGUUGGUAAUGUAAACAUUUCAAAACCAGCAUGCUCUUAUGCUGAUCUAUGAUCAGAUUUCCCAGCCCAGUCCUACAAUUAGCCCGUAUAAACAGGUCUUUGGUCUUCAAAUGCUUAGCGCAAAACUAGUGAACACUCAACCAAUCCAAGAAGCCAAACCGCAGAUGCUUAAUUUAAAAUUCGCUGGCACAUCAAUCAGAUUCGUGCGACAGGCAUUGAUUGGCGAAAAUUGCAGAGGGCACUGCGCGCUUAAUAAUAGCGCUAAUUUAAACCUAUACUUAACACAGGGUCGUGACUGAGCCGACAUGGGAAAAACUGGGUCGAAAAUGGUUGAGAGCCACUGUUCUCGAGAAAGGGUAUUUCAAUCCUUGCUUUCUUAUGUUUGGCACAGAUGUAUAUUGGGGCGGCACAGGAAUGUUUUUCUUGCUUGCUCCGUAGUUUUAUAAAAUACGUCUGUAUAUUUAAAUCUCUUUUCCUGCCCAGAAUUCCCCAGCGGCAAGCCCCCUUCCUGAAAGAGAACCUUUACACUGAACUGGGGUUCUCUCUGGCCGCUUGUCCGGCAUGGAAACCAACCCACUGCGCCCCCUGUUCUGAAUGCGCGUCUAUACUACCAUCUUGUGGUUACUUCGGGCAUUACACUACACAAAUACUCUUGGGGCGGUAUAGAAUUAAGCUUCUAUAUCAGGUAAAGCAGGGUUUCUUAAGUUCUGGCGACUGUUUACUUGAAGAAUUUCCGUAAUUUUGGAAAAUUUAAGCUUUAAAUUCCCCCCAUUAAAUAAAUAACAUGAACUUAUCGUUAUGUAAAUUAAGUAAAAAAAAAAUCUAGUUAUUAAAUACAAAAAGCGUUGAGGUGUUUUUUUUUUUGCUUUAAAUUGUUUCAUUUAGUUGAUUAUUUCUAAAUUGUGCUGAAUUAGUUUUUGAAUGUAAAUAAUUGAUGUAUUUAAUUAAUUGCUCAGGGCGAUGAGCAAUUGAAAAGCCACCAUCAGGCCAUUUAAAGCUCUUUAAUUCGACUCCUGUCAUUUCCUCAUAUCCCAGCUUAAUCAAGGCAGCUUAGUCGAGAGCUCAACUGCGACACUGAACAUUUUAAUAAUUUUUAUUCUCGGUGCUUAGUAGAGAUAGGGAAGAGACUCUUCUGGAUGGUGCUACAAAGUCGGUGAGUAAUGACACUUUUCUGGUGUAUAUUUUCACAAACCUGCAGGGUUUUUCACCAGAAUGCCCGGUCAACUCGGGGGCAGCAGUAAAGCCUCAAUCUAAAUUAACCUUAAUCACGUGACCGAAGUCAUGUGACAGAAAAGCAAAGGCGUCUCAUCCUCCCAAUCAACCGAGUUCAAACUGAAUACCUGUGGGCUGCUGAAAGGUUGUCACCCCGGUUUCGGCGUGUAGCUUAAUGCAUAGGAAUAAUGGUAUUUGUUCCGUGAAAUACACAAACACCUGUAUGUUCCAUCGAAAAAUAAUUUAGUAAUCAUUCUGGCAAACCCAGUCGCAUUUGUUACUAAGCCGACUUGUGAGUCGGACUACAAAACGGUCACGUGAAUAUCUACAAUUGUUUUACAAUCUGUUGGCAAAGGGCUCCAGGCUUUCAUUUGUCACAUGCGAGGUAUACAGUCAGACCGUAACCGGUAGUGAAAUGCAAGGUGGUCAACACCGCCAAAGUAAACGAUGAAAGCAAAAUAAGUCAUUUAAAAGUAGGCCUAACAAUAUCAUAAAUAGUCAUAAAUAAGGACAGUUAUACUGUAAAAAACUAGAAGAUCAGAUAUCGAAUAGAUCGAGGUCGAAUAAAGUAUGAGGUGCAUAAUAAGGGGAGAAUAUAAGUUAGAAGUGCCAAUUAAGCGGUCUAAAUUAGACUCUCUAAUUGUAGAAGCUCCUUCUGAGCAUCUCAGUUCUCACUGUGAGAUAUCAGAAGCGCUUUCCUCGGGUAAGUUAUUUAUCUACACCGCCUAAGUGUGAUUGUGCUGCAUAUAAGCGUUCCGCUUCACCAAAUUUCAGAAAAACCGGCGAUGCUCGGCUGCAGUCGAAGAAGCGGCCUCUUUCGGUGUCCGCUUAUGACGUCAUAAAUACUGAGAGGUGGGUAUGCAAUGCGAUACCCGAUUGGUCGCACCCACCCAGCGCCCCUCCUACCUACACUCUGAUUUGUCAAAGGGUUCUAAUGGGAGGGGGUGUGGAAAAAGCCGCAGAAGUGGGCUUUGUGUAAAGGGCGUAAAAUCGUGUUAGAUCCGUAACGAAAGGAUAGCCAUCAGUGACCAUUAUGAAUUUGUGUUGUUGUCGUGAUAUUUUCACGGUUUAUUAACUUUGUGUUUAUGUGUCAUGGAGAGCAGGGUGGGGUAAAAGGAAAAGAGAAUCUCCCCCCGGGGAUUAAUAAAGCAUCACUCCUAUUAAUGA